UUUCCUUUUUUCUCUCUCACGCCGGUGGGGAAUCAACGUCGCGAAGGACGAACCUCGGCUGGGCCGCACCAGGUCGACGCCUGGGGACGAAACGCGCCUUGCUUUUGUGUCAAAAGUCACGGUUUUGAUCCCGAAUACCUCAUCCUGUACACAUAUAUAAAUAUAUACACGCACACAUGUACGUCGUGCGCGAUAUCGACGAGUGACGACAGAGAGAGAGAGAGAGGGACGAGGAACGACGACGACGACGACGACGUCGACGUGUGCGUGAACGCAUUCCCGGAUAAUCGCCCGUCUUCAUUCAAAGAUCGCGCAGUCUGUAUUUACAUCGGUCAGCCGAGCAGCUGUCAGUGCGCGAGAAACGUCAGUGACGAGACAAAGAUGUACGACGAUCACGGGGACGAUCGUUCGUCGGCAGGAACCGCAACAUGACAGCUCCCGAAUGCUGCGAAUUCUCGUCGAACGGGUUCACAUCUGUCUCCUCCUGCCGUCUCUUUCCUUCCUUCUUUCUUUAUUCCUGGCACAAAGAAGCCUGUGCCUUUCUCGGAAUAUUAUGGAGUCGAAGCGAACGAUUUUAUUCCGACGUAAUCCCCGGAUGAAACAACAUAUGUGACAGUUCUCCUGAUUGAGAAAUCGACAAUUUGAAGAGAGAGAAGGAAGGAGAGACGUGUAAUUCGUUUGGAUUCCGUCUGCCAUGCCCUGGCAUCUCAUCUUUCGUUCCUCGGAAGUCCCGUUUGAUAAUCGAGAAGACUCCGCCGUCGUCCAUAUAUAUAUAAUAAAAUAUAUAUAUAUAUAUACAUAUCGCGUCUUGUAUCUCGUCGAUAAGCGAAUGUUUGUUUGAGCUCGCUGCAUUUAAUCGAUCACACGAAACGGUGAACGUUCGAUCGCCUUUUUACGUUUUUCCUCGAGCGUUAAUUAUCGCUACAUAUAUAUGGAUCGUAAACGGAACGCGUGCAUUCAUUCUCUGUCACAAAACAUCUUGUCAUCGCGAGACGACGACGACGACGACGACGCAUGAUUUUGCAUGAGAGAAUAAAUCACGCGGAUUCCGCAAGCGAAUCAUUUUGACGUUUCUCUCUGUUGACAGCUGCGCUUCCUUUUAUUCCGCAUAUUGAGACAUAUGUUGCAAUUAUAUGCGCGUUCCAUUUUGUGUGACCAGGACAAGGAAUCACGUGAAAGUCGGGAACCAGCUCAUCAUGCAAGACGUCCCAUGAAUGCAUUUUUGAUUUUUUGCAAACGACAUCGUGGCUCGGUGCGAUCUGGCUUUCCACAUUUAGAAAAUAGAGCAGUCACCAGGGUCUUGGGUGAGUGGUGGGCGACCCUUCAGCCUGACCAGAAGCGUUCCUACACAAAUCUUGCACAGGAGUACAAGGAUGCAUUUCUAAAUGCGAACCCUGAUUUCAAAUGGUACAAAUUGCCAGCACCUCCAUUACGUACUUUAAAUACUAGGCCUACCAACAAGAAGCAAGAGUCUAGUAAUGGCAUGCAAUUCAUAGAUAGUGUCAAAUCUGAAUAUGAGUCUUCCGAUUGUACAAAGUCAGACAGAAGGGAUGGACAAUCAAUCCAACCAGGCAAAUUAGCAGAUGAAUCACAGAUUGGUGGACUGAGUUCUCUUUUUACUCCUCAGAAGAUAGAGCCAUCUGAAGAACAGACAACAAUUAAUGAUAUAAUAGAAAAUGACACUGUUCCAAAACCACCAAAAAAAAGAUAUACAGAAUCACCUUUCCAAGGUGAUCAAAAGAGAGAUUGUAAAGCAGAUCUCUUUGGUGAAAAGAAGAGGAAAAGAGCUGAAUCAAAUAACAACGAACAACAUGAAAUGGUCAUAGAAAAUGAGAAACAUGCAAUAAAUUCCUUUGUAACAACACAGACACAAUCAGAGGAGAAUAAUUUUCGUAGCGAAAGAACAUGUAAAGGUUUACGUUAUCAAAAAUUCCUUGCUGAACAGAUGAAAAAUAUCGGUCCAUCUGGCCAACAAAACAAACGAAAACGAACAGCUGGAAGCCACGGACCUGAUGAACGUCCAAAUGAAAGAAGAAAUUCCAUUUCUUCGAAUGUCAGUGAAAAGACAGAUUCCUUAAGCAGUGAGGGAGGAAACAGUUCUCGAGGAGAACUAGAACAUCUUGUGGAAAGUGCUGAAGGAAAAAUGGAAGCUUCGAAACCUGAAGAUACAGAGACUGAAGGAGCUGAAGAUCAAUUGGAUUACGGACCUUGGACGGCACGUAAAAGAUUUCGUGCUGAGGACUUCAAUUUAGAAAAGAAGAUUGAGGCACUACCGUCUUUGAGUUUAGAGGAAUUUCAAGAAAAGAAAAAACAGCAACGUACGAAAAAAAAGAAAAUUCUGCAAAAGUUUAAUUCUUCAGGAAAUAAAAGACAUCAAAAUAAUCCAUCUUCUAGUGAUCAAACGAACGGUCAAACUCAAAGUACGAUAAAUGAAAGUUGUGAAGAUUCAGAGAAAGCUCAUCUCGUUGGAAGUCAAAAACGAAAAGCUCGAAAGCAAACCAUCACGCGGAACGCUGCGGCAAUAAAUUCCACCAAACACUCUGAGGAUCAAGAAUCAAAUAAAUCUUGGUGCGCAUCUCCAGAUCUUGAAGCUUUAGCGUGUCUUGCAACAGUUGCCGCCAACAGAACGAAACUUACCAAAAAUAACAUUUAAUUGUGUUACCCAUUAAUGAUAUGUAAGAUUGCACUAUAAGAACCAAAACUUUAUUAAGUUUUCUCCAUGUAAUUUCUUAUUACUGGAAAACACAUACUUUUCCAAGUGCUGUUAUAAACGAUACUAUUGCGGUAUCGACAACAAUGAUUAUUGUUAAUAUCUUUAUUGUUAAUCUUUACUAUUACAGAUAUUAUAUAUAUAUUACGACUGCUACUGACUAUAGAUAAUUCCAUUAUUCAAUAUAUGAGGAAUUUUUUUUUAUUUGGAGUAAUAAUUGUACUGAAAAAAUA